GCUAGUGGGUGUAACGCUAGCACAUGUCGACAUGUUUACUGAUGACUGGUUUAUUCUGACGCUUGCCACUGGGCGAAUACAUUGGCAAAUUUCUGUCGCCCGCCAGUGGGUUGUUAUAACACUGGCCAUGACUUAUAGAUGAGACUACUGAACUGAGUUUUCUUCAGCAUUAACGGUUUGUUAUGAGAUGUUUUGUUAUUGAACUGAAUCUGAUUCUGCAGUAACGGUUUUGUCAUUGAACAUUUUGCUAUUGAACUGAACUUGAUUUCCGCAUUAACGGUUUAUCAAUGAAAGUUUUGCUAUGUUUACAUGGUUUAUCUGGCAUGUUAAAAGUUUUACCCAAGGGUUAUCCAUAUUUACUUACUGAGUUAUCUCAUAGUUUUCCUUGUCCACCAUUUUAGGAAGCAAAACCGAGGACGGGGAAAACCAAGGGGAGUGACGAGUUAGAAGGCUAGCCAUCUUGUAAAGUGAAUAUAGAUUUGAGAUGUAGAUCGUGAUCUUAAGAGUUAGAGUGUAUGUGGAGAUUUUUGAUAUCAGAGCAGACUGUAAAGAUUUUAUCUUGAGAUUUUGUGGUAUCCGAUUGUGAUUUGAAUAAGUUCCGAGCCUUGUGCACUUGUGGGACCCGUCUCACGAGUGCACGGCGUCUGUCGCGCCUCGGAUUUGGGUUCUGGGGCGUGACAAUUUUUUUUGAAGAUGCAUGAAGUUAUUGGUCAAUUUAUUUGACCAAAAUACUAUUAAUUUUCUUGAGAGAAUGUUGCAAGAAUUUCAAUUAUUUUGUUUGGGCAAAAUGUAUGACCAAAAUAGCAAAAUUAUGGGUGCGUUUGGGAUUGCUGUGAAGUGUUGUGGUUGUAGCUGUGGCUGUACUGAAUUAUGUUAUGUUGUGCUAUAGUUGUGGCUGAAAGCUAUUUUGGUGUUUGGUUUUUUAUUUCUUAAAAGUAUUACAAACGAAAUAUAAUAAAAUUUAUUAAUUAUU